UCAUCGUUUACCGUGAAACAAAGUAGUGCAGCUUUACGGUUGUGCUAAUAUUUCUGGAUAUAUAUAUAAUGAGUUUGUGUCGGCAUACCUUUUUUGAUCUCUUCAUCAUUUACCGUGAAACAAAGUAGUGCAGUUUUGCGGUUGUGCUAAUAAUUUUGGAUAUAUAUAUAUAUGACCAUUGUCUUUUGUAUUAGCCCUGAAGACGCCGUAAGGACGAAAGAUCUUGGCAAUAAUGUUAAAGUUAUUUAAAUAUAGAUUAUUCCAUGCAAAUAUUAGUAUUUUUGGUAUAAAAAUCUGAGAGUUCGUUCUUUUAAAUCGUUUAUUAUAUAUAUACAGCACGUGUGUAUGUAGACGCUGUUUAUUAAUGAAUCGGCAACUGUGACACACAGUUUAUUCACAACUUCUUGAUUUAUUUUUGUAACAGAUCGGAUAGAAUUUCUCGAUGCAGGCGAGUAAAUUGAAAACGUAAACAUUAACACGUACCGGGUCAAGAAAAUUCGAAUUUUUAAACACCUUUUUCGUUUCAAUUCAGACAGUUCAAAUUUAAACUAGAUAAGUGUUUCAAUUUUGGCAGAUUAUAAAAAUGGAUUCUGAAAGUGAGCGUGUGUGUGGACAUUUAACGAAAUGCGUAUUUUAUUUGGGUUAUAAACGGUUCACUUUACUGUGCCUUAUUAAUAUCGUUGUGUUCACGGCUAUGAUUUGGAGUUAUUUUGCAGACGGGGCCAUUAAUUUCAGGAGUGUUUCGAUCACAGAACCAAAUCUUUUUUCAGCAAAACGUGUCACCCAUUUACUGAAUAUGCGAUUAAAAACGAAUAAUUCAUCAAUAACAGGACCGGUGAAAUUACCCACCAGAAGUUCCUCAAAUUUACAUUCUAUACCAACGGCGUUUUUACCAGCAAUGUCGACAAAAGAUCGCCAAGCUCUUCAAGACAUUGUACUCAAGUGUAAAUAUUUACUGGAACAGUCUAAUGUGAGUUAUUUUCUGUAUUUUGGAACCUUGUUGGGAUCGUAUCGUCAUCACGAUAUUAUACCCUGGGAUGACGACGUAGACAUCAUAUUAAAUAUAUCAGACAAAAGUAUUGUUUCUAACAUUUUGUCUACUCUACGACCAAGUUUUUAUCUGGAGAAAAACGUCCGCUGGAAAUUUUAUUCAAAUUAUUCGCGACCAAUCGAGGACGUAGACUGGUCUUGGCCUUUUUUAGAUAUCAGUUUUUUUGAAGAGAAUUCCACUCAUAUAUGGGACGCUGAUCCCGAGGAUAGUGAAACUUUUAUUUACAAAAAGGGAGACGUGUUUCCUUUAACGCGACGACCUUUCAUGGGAUUGUUGUUUCCGGCCCCAAAAAAUACAACCAACGUCAUACUACAGACCUUCAACCCUAGACGAUGUAAAUCCAUUGAGUAUAGCCAUGAAUUUGAGAACGACGUCGACGAUAGUACUGAAGUGGAAUGUGACCUUUUAAACACAAGAUAUCCACUGGUCAGAAGAAAAUGGUUAUCUAAUGGGGUCAACGAAACUUUAGAAUUUCAAGGAGAAGUGGUCAGUUGGUUUUAUUUACCCAAUAAUUAAAUGGUGACUCAAGAGCGGAGUCUGCUACAUAAAAAUAAUUGUAAAACAACGCUGUUUAUGAGAAAAGUGUCACGGCCGUGUGCUUUAUCCUUUAUCAUCUGAUGGUGGGAUGGACAUUCAGAGUGCGCGAUAAUGAUAUAGACAUAUGUGAUAUCACAAUUAAUGCUUUGCAUCAAUGAAAUUGAAUCACAAUGUGAUCCUAUUAAUUCCAAAUAAAAAUUGAGGUCA